GAAAUGUGUAAGGAUGUGUAUAGUGUUGAAAAUAUGAUACAAGAAAGGAGAAGAACAAGAAGAGUGUGAGGCCAUAUGCCGCCAGCCGGGCUAUCGGCAAGAGGCUUGUCUACCUUGAUGGACCACGGACAACCAGAUGCUCGUCAUCGGAGCGAGCGGUUUCUACUUCAUCCAGAGAAUGGAUCCUCUAAUUCUCAUAGUUCAAACACAGCCAAUUCAUCUCCACGAUAUCAACAUAAUAAUAGAACAAAUAAUCAUUCCACAAGUUACGGAUAUUUGUAUGGACGUACAUCUAGCAACAAUAUGUCUGAUAGCAGUGUUUCUGACACACAUAGUGGCGGUACAGCAAGAACUGUUUCUCAACAGACUAGUCCAUCUCAUGGUACACAUUCCUCUUCUCAAUCUCGACAGGACAAUAGUUCAACAAUUUUUACAGCUUUAUUUGAUUAUGUUGCCCAAGGCGAGGAUGAGUUAUCUUUACAAAGAGGUGAAACAGUUGAGGUUCUAUCUAAGGAUUCAAAAAUCUCAGGUGAUGAAGGAUGGUGGACUGGGAAAAUCCAUGGAAAAGUUGGUAUUUUUCCAGCCAAUUUUGUUGCAGAAGCAGAAAGUAUUGAUCGGGUGUCAUCGGUGAUUGACAAAGUUCAACCAGUUGAAAUUGAUUUUGAAGAACUACAAUUAGAAGAAGUUAUAGGAGUUGGUGGAUUUGGGAAAGUUUACAGAGGAUUUUGGCAAAAACAUGAAGUGGCUGUUAAAGCAGCCCGCCAAGAUCCAGAUGAAGAACCAAGUGUUACAUUAGAAAAUGUUCGACAAGAAGCAAAAUUAUUUUGGUUAUUGAAACAUGAAAACAUUGUGCAAUUAGAAGGGGUUUGUUUAAAGAUGCCAAAUAUGUGUCUGGUAAUGGAAUAUGCACGUGGUGGUAGUUUGAACAGGGUUCUUAGUGGUAGAAAAAUUAGGCCUGAUGUACUUGUAGAUUGGGCAAUACAAAUUGCUCGUGGCAUGGAUUAUCUUCACAAUAAAGCACCUAUAAGUCUUAUUCACAGAGACCUAAAAAGCUCUAAUGUGUUAUUGAGCGAGCCUAUAGAAAAUGAUGAUCUACAAUAUAAAACUUUAAAAAUAACUGACUUUGGAUUAGCAAGAGAAGUUUAUAAAACAACUCGUAUGUCAGCGGCGGGCACAUAUGCUUGGAUGGCACCAGAGGUUAUUAAAAAGAGUACUUUCAGUAAAGCCAGUGAUGUUUGGAGUUAUGGUGUGCUUUUAUGGGAACUUUUGACUGGUGAAACACCUUAUAAAGGAAUAGAUGCUUUGGCAGUAGCAUAUGGCGUUGCAGUAAAUAAACUUACAUUGCCUAUUCCAUCAACUUGUCCUCAACCUUGGAGAUUUUUAAUGGAAGCUUGCUGGGCAUCUGAUAGUCAUUCAAGACCAGGAUUUGCUGAAAUUUUAGUAGCAUUAGAUGAAGUUCGUAGUGCAUUUGCAGCAACACCACAUGAGUCGUUUCACACAAUGCAAGAAGACUGGAGACUUGAAAUUGAACAAGUUCUUCAUGGAUUGCGCAUGAAGGAAAAGGCAUGCCGCUCAUUAGAAGAGGAAUUGCGCUGUAGAGAAGAAGAAUUAACAAAAGCACAAGUGCAACAACGACAACAUGAAGAAAACCUGAGGCAGCGAGAACAAGAAUUAGCAGCCCGAGAAAUAGAUUUACUAGAGCGUGAACUUACAGUAAUGAUAAUUCAACAACAGAAUACUCCUACACCAAACAAAAGGCGAGGAAAAUUCAAGAAAUCAAGAUUAAAGCUAAAUAAAAAGGAGCCCGGUAGCAAUAUAAGCGCUCCUUCUGACUUUCGUCACACAAUAACUGUUCAACAUACGGCGUUGGAUCGAGGAAAAGUACGGAAUCCAUCAAGACCCAAUAGUCCACCUGGCUCGCCUAGUAUUCCGAGGCUUCGUGCAAUUGCAUUACCAGCAGAUGGAGUGAAGGGUAAGACUUGGGGACCAUCAACACUCCACCAACGUGAGCGUGGGGCUAUUAUUACGCAGCCACCAAAUCCUGCGUCUCCAGGUGGCAAGCGGUGGUCACGCUCUGCUCCAGAUCUAGAAAAGACACCCCUGCGUACCGCCCUGUUGGCACAUCGCUCCCCGCUUCUUCAAGAAAUAGGCCUUUCUGAGGAAAACAUCUAUCCUACUCAUUAUACAGCCUUGCCACCUGAUCUCUCAACUGACUGGGUAACAUCGGAUUAUCCAUUGAAGCCUGGAUUAACAGGACCUUAUAUUAUGCCAAUGCCUGUACCGAUGCCAACUCUCUACAACGGAGAAAUGAAGAAACCAAAGUUAAGCAUAAUAGAGCUGGUUUUUUACAAUAUCGCAGCUAUGUUAGCUGGAGUAGCUACUGGAUAUGAUGUAAGAAUGUCAAACAUAUCUCCAAUUCAUCCAAGAUUAUACCCACGACUUGGUGAAUGUGAAGAUGAACCUCCACGAUGGUGGUUUCAAGCAGAUACUGGAUCAAAUCGUAAUUCUGGUUAUCUUGGACCUGAUUAUGAAUUUAGUUCAAGUAGUGGUUAUCCUCAUAAUACAUACCAUGGACCAGCAAGACAUUAUAGGCCAUUCUUAAGUAACAUGGGUGGUAUAGCACCUGGUCUUCCACCUAGUGUAAUGCCUGACAAACCUCUGAGAUUCACGGAUUCACCGCAACAUUAUGCGAGCAGUACAAGUUCUAAUGCACCAACACCAAGUCCUAGAAGAAAAAGUAGCAGUACUAGUAAUGAAGAUGUAUAUACACAUGAUACUGGAAGAGUUGAUCGAAUGGAAAGAGUACCAACAAUAUACAUGGGCACUGUUGCUCCUUUUCCAGAUUAUGGACCUCCAGUAUAUACAGUUGUUCCACCAGAAUAUUACAGACCACCAGAACCAACAUAUUUUGUACCUACAGAUUAUCAUGAUAGAAUGCUUGAGUGUCCCGAAUUUCCACAUGCUUAUGAUAAUCCAAGCAGCAUAAAUAGUCCAGCUCGACCAGUGUCAAGACUUCCUUCGUAUACCCAUCAUCGUACUUCAUCAAAUGUCUCAAACGCGAGCACAUCAAGUCAAAGUAACAUUAACCCAACGUUCCGUUUAGAAGAUGAGGACGAUUAUUCUUUAUAUUCACCUGGACAUUAUUAUCAACGAUCUUCAAAUAUCGUUUCAAACGUAGGAACGUAUAGUCCUAGUGUGCUUAAUCAUGACUACGGUUCACAAUUACUGACGCGUCAGAACUCGCAUGAUUCGAAUUCAAAUUCCGGAGAAAGACCCAGUAAUUUAGAGGUAGUUAGUCGAUUACGAUCAAGUUUAAAACGAUCUAAUUACGCAUACAAUUCACCAAAUAAAAGCGUAAGUAAAAAUAAUUCAGGUUCUGGUACUCCAACAAAUCCUACUCCACCAGAUUCUUUAACUUCUGAGGAUUCAAGUUAUGUUUCGGCUAAAGAUAGCCAGAUUUCUAUAAGUAGGGUUCGAUUUUCUCCAGUGACAUUUGAUCGAGAUGGAGUUUCACGCGAACAUAGAGAAACAUUACUUGAUAUCCCCGUACAUGGACAAAGUCAAGACGCUACUGUUCCGUUACAAGCUAAUCGACGGUUGAAUAGGAGUAGGAAACCAAGUAUUUCUGAAUUAGAAAGAGAAUUUUUGUCAUAGCAUUGGCUUAUUUAAAAUGACAAAAGUAAUGAAAAUUAGUGAUCCGAAAAGUUUUGUCAAUCUUGAAAGUAACACUCAAUUACAAUCACA